CUCCUCUGCGCAGUAGAAGGUGCGCAGUGGUUACACCAAACCGUUCAAAAGACUGCGCUUUGACGGCGCACGAGGCCACGCCCACCAUGUCUUCCUCUAUAUAUCCUAAGAGGUCUGGUGAACCGGAUAGAAGACCUCCGCCCUUUCCCCCAGGAUGUCCUCCACUCGCACCCGGCAUGUGGUCUGGCAGUCCGGGGGGCUGGUGGCCUACCUCCACCCCCGGCCCUGGACCCCCGGCUCCGUGGUCCUGGAGCGCAGCGCGGCCGGCAGCCCGGGGGGCAGCGUGUUCCGGCUGGAGGAGCCGGACUUCCUGUCCUGGCUGCUGGGGGCUCGAGCCGUGGCCGAGCUGCUGUGCGCGCGCCUCGGGGUCCGCAGGUGCGCGCUGGUCAGCCGGCCCCACGAGGACCGGCCCGCCCAGAUAAGCGUGCUCCCUCUGCACGGUCUGGAUGCAGAGUGGCGCCCCCACCUGGCGGCAGAGGAGGAACACAACGCCCUGGACCCGGGGUACUGCACCUCCAGGACCGCUCCGCGAUGGAGCGACUCCCGCCUGACUGAGGUCCAGACCCGGAUUCGGUCCGCGCUGCCGCUGCCCGCCGCCCCGCCCGACUUCACCUUCCUGGGGGCCGACCCGGCUCAGCCGGGCCUGUUCCCGCGCAUCGUCCGCGGGGAGGAGCGGCAGUGGCGGGUGUGGGAGGACGAGGGCCACGUGGCCUUCCUCACGCCUUUCCCCAACUCCCCCGGCUUCACCGUGCUCGUCCCGCGCCGACCUUUGACCUCGGACGUAUUCCGACUGGAGCGAGAGGACUACGAGGGCCUGGUGCUGGCGACCCGGAAGGCGGCGAGGCUCCUGGAGGCGGGCUUGGGCUCCUGGGGGACGGGGCUGAUCUUCGAGGGCUUCGAGAUCGACUACGCUCACGCCAAGUUGAUCCCCCUGUUCCUACCUUCGUCGGGACGGGACGCCACGGGGAGGCCGCCCCAGUUUAACCCCACGUACCCUGGAUACGUGACCUCGGAGGACGGGCCUGAAGCCAGCCUGGAAGGUCUGGAGGAGCUGCACGUGAAGAUGACCGGUCUGUCGGCAACAGAGUAAAGAUCCAGAUGUGCCUCAUUUCUAGGAGAUUAAGGGAAGUCACGGCGCGGCUGCAUAACUUGAUAAUUAGACCAGUCUGACGUUGGUAAAUAAUAUUUGUGCCUUUGGACUCUGAAUGAGAUGUAAGUGGAGAGGUGUACACUCACUAAGAGGGAUGUCUCUGCAGAGCACAUGCGGUCCUCUCGCUCAAAAUAUCAGUGCCUAUAAUGUCAGAAAUAUGUGAUUCUUUACAUAUUUAUACAUUUAUUUAGAAUUGUAAUGCAUACCAAAUAUUAUAAUUGUAAUAAUAAUAAUACAUCUAUUCAUCUGUC